ACUCCAUAGAUUGGACGUAAACAGACCAUUACGUGAUUGUGCGUGCGCGCUCCCGCCAAGCCGUUACGUUCUAGAAACAAGAUGCCUUCCGCGCGUCCUCGCUGGUCGCUCUCCACUGCCGCUGUUGGAAUGGCGGCCAAGGACGGCAGCUACACCGUGUAGGAGGAGCUAGCGGCGUGUUUCCGCUAAGAGCAGGCCGAGACCGUAAUCUAUGCAGCCGUACUGAGAAUUACAGAACAGCGGCGGAGCAGUUGGCAGCUAUUACCGGGAACUGUUUCACCAGAAUUAGUUUAAUCACCGGAAAGCUACGGUCGUCCACGUCUGGGGGAAGAAGAAGAAGGAGUGGCAGCUGGACUGUCAGCAAUGGAAGCCGAAUUUCGGGAAAUCGAUGAAAACGGGAGUUGGAGCGCCAUUUAUCAGGAGAUUCGUCAGCAGUCAUGUGAACUCCCAUGCAGGCUUGCCAAAUUACCCGAAAACAAGACCCGGAAUCGAUACAGAGAUGUCAGCCCAUUUGACCACAGCAGAAUAUGUCUACAGCUGGGUACGAAUGACUACAUUAAUGCCAGCCUAAUAACAGUAGAAGAGGCACAGAGGAACUAUAUCCUUACUCAGGGACCCCUUCCAAAUACAUGUGGCCAUUUCUGGGAGAUGGUGUGGGAGCAGAGGACCCGCGGCGUCGUGAUGCUGAACAGAGUCAUUGAGAAAGGAUCCGUUAAAUGUGCCCAAUAUUGGCCACACAGAGAGGAGAAAGAUGCCACCUUUGAAGAUACCAAUUUCAAGCUUACCUUUGUCUCAGAGGACAUCAAAUCUUACUACACAGUCCGUCAGCUGGAGUUGGAAAAUCUGUCUACUCAAGAGACUCGAGAGAUUUUACAUUUUCACUACACCACCUGGCCUGACUUUGGGGUACCAGAGUCUCCUGCCUCCUUCCUUAACUUUCUGUUCAAGGUGCGAGAGUCGGGUUGUCUGAAUUCUGAUCAGGGACCAGUGGUGGUGCACUGCAGCGCUGGAAUUGGACGCUCUGGGACAUUUUGUCUUGUGGACACCUGCCUCUUGUUGAUGUCCCUCCGCAAGGACCCAUCUUCAGUGCGUAUUCGAAAUGUGCUGCUGGAGAUGCGACGCUAUCGUAUGGGCUUGAUUCAGACUGCAGAUCAGCUUCGCUUCUCCUACCUUGCUGUCAUUGAAGGUGCCAAGUACAUCAAGGGAGAUACAUCUCUGCAGGAGUCAUGGAAAGAGCUCUCAAACGAGGAAGAUGAUCCUCCAGAGUUCACCCCUCCUCCUCCUCUUCCUCCUCCCAGAGACCCUCAGAACGGCAAACUUGAGCUGUCCUUUUUCCCUGAAAAUGACGAACUUAUCCAAGAGAUUGAAACGUGCAUUCUUGGGUCCACACAAGAGUCAGAGCUGCGAAAGAGGAACAUCGCUGCCUCCCAGCUUCCUCCCCACAGUGCUGAUCAGCUCGACGACCACAUGGGAGUUGGAGAUAUUACCUCCAAAGCUCCGAACAAAUCCCAGCAGCAGCAUGAAGUGGAGGAGCCGGAGUUGCCUGAGGCAGCGGAGCAGCCAAAGGAAAGCUCUCCUGUGCCGGGGGUUUGGUCCCCUCUACUAACCAACGUGUGCCUGUGCACAGUGCUGGCUCUCAGUGCUUACGCCUGUUACCGAGCCUAUUUCCACUGAUGUCCACUGCGCCUCCUCCUUCUUUUGUUCCUCCCCGUCUCCACUGAUGUUUCAGAGUGGAUGCAUCUGGCCAACCAGCCUGCUUUGACUGUGCGAGUGAGUGGAUUGUUUGGUCUUCAGCAAAUUGAGGUUCACUUGUUCUAAUUUUUACGAAUGCAGUGCGAGGGCUCGGCUGGCUGCCGCUUCUUAUUAUCCACCCAAACGUUCUUUCCGUAUGUCAUCUUGGGUGCUCAGGGCUUCAGUUUUUCAGGUGUCACAACAAAAUACGUGUAUUGAUUUAAACAGACUCAACAUAAAACACGUAUUGUGGUCUGCAGAGGAAAAUAAUUUUAGCACCACUGUUCUGUGAGCCAGGAUGAAUGGCCUGUCAGCCCAUUUUACACGUUUGUUUUCUUAUUUACCAAAUGACACUUGAAUGUGUUCUUCCAUUUCAUCCUUAACUCAUGUGUCCAUUAGGAUUUCACAUUUUCUUCUUCUUCUACAAACGGAUCAGAUAUAAUAGAGCCAGAUUUCUGACCAGCCUGUCUGAAAAACAUGCCAGUAAGGGAGAAACUUUAUUUUUUGUUAUGGGUCAACAUUAGACCCAACAGUAAGGUGAAAGUAAUGGGGAAGCAACCCUGUGCCCGCUGAUAAGAGAUGCAUGCUGGAGUGGGCAUUGAAUUGUUAUCUGACCUCACUAGUGGCUUGUGUUGGGCUGCAGGAGGUGUGCUGGUUGAAUACAUAAGGUAUGUGUGUUUUUUGUGUGUCUGUGUAUGUACAUUUGCGCGCGUGGUAGUUAUCAGAGCUUUCUACUCAUGUGUGAGUUAAAUCUGCUCAGUGAGAUAUAUUAUUGUAACGUCAAAUGUGAGACGUAGACUGGGUUGUCUCCUGGUAUUUGAUUCUCUCUGCGUUUUCUCUCCCUGGUAGCUCAACAGUGACACAGGAAAAAAAUAAAAAAAUAAAUAAAUAAAUAGGGUGGGGAAAGACUGACAUGUCACACUCUCCAUUCACCUGGCACACUCAAAUUAACACUGAGAAAAUUGUAAGGCUUGAUUAAUACUCCUGUGUUGACUUUAUGCUGCGCUCUUGUGUUUGUACUUCUCUGCCAUUACACCGCCAAAACUAUUUAGCAUUGGGGUAGUGCUGACACAAGGCUGUGGAGAAAGGUUAAAAAAAAAACAAAAAACUUUGGAUUGUUUGUGUUUGUAUGAACCAAUCACAAUCGUCUUGAGUUUUGCUAAGCCCAGGAUGAAGCGACCGUGCUCCAGUACAGUAGUGACGGGGUGGUGAGCACCGUCAUGAAAGAACCAAGCAUCCAGAUCCUCAGCAAAACGUGCCAUUUGCAGCGUGCAGUCGGAAGGGAUUUUGAAAACUCAGUUAAAGGGAAUGAGAAAGCUGUGUGUACUGUGUGCAGAAAUGGCAGGCAAAUUUACAUCUGUUGAGUCGGACAAGUUGUGGUGUUUCUGUGUAUGUCCAACAGUAGUGGCUAAAUCAGAAUAUGUUAGAGUUGGAGCUAAUAAAUGUUUAAGAACAGUUACCUUUACCAAAAUUACUGCUGUUGGAAGCAUACACAGACUGGUAGAGCUAUGAAACACUGGCACAACCCUGAGUAUUACAUAUAGCAUAUUACAUAUUAUGUUUUGUUUCACAGAAGCAUUAUCUUUUUAAACUCCCAGCUCCAGUCUACCAUAAAUCCGUCUGUGUCACUGCAAAGUGUAGUUACAUUUCUGGAGGUACACAUCAGGCUACGGUGUAGAAUCAGUGCAGGAAAUAUAAAUCAAGUUGAAGAUCUCGAGGUCUCUUAUAAGGUUGUAGUUACUGUUUUCAGUCAGAGUGGAUAAAAAUGCGCAAGCGAAUGUGUGUUCGGUUAGUGACGUCUCGCACAUGAAUGGAGACACGAAGUAGCGAACACCCAACUUUUUUUCGCCAGCAAUACAAAUACUCAAUAAUGUGUCACCCUUUACUUCAUCAAACUCUGAGUUUGAACAGGGAACCAGGGAUUUUGAACAAACCAAAAAUCAAACACCAGCACAGGGAUGAAAACAAUACACUGUAGUAAUUAUCCAUUGUAUCAUGGUGUGGCCCUGAGCUGGCAAUAUUGUUUUAUAUGAUUAUGUUUUUUUUUAGCAUGCUGCAUUUGUGAAUCAACAGGUUUGUCCUGAGAAGAGAUUAGUUAAGCUGCUAGCAUUCGUUUACCUUUGGGACUCGACAAAGUUCAGUACUUUGUUUGACAGCUGUACUUUUCUUUAGAAUGUAUUAAUGUCCUCUCCAAGGACACAACCUUAUUAGACAUAUAUAUAUUUCAAAUCAGGUUUCAGUGUGCUGAGUUAUUAUUAUUUUGUUCUGCUUUAGCGAGGGAUUCAAUCUCAGCACCUGUGCAGCCAUUGCACCAGGUUUUCCUGUUUUUCUAUACUUAUGCUGAGCUCAAAAACAUGUAUUUUUUUAUUUACAUUUGUUGUUUUACUUUUUAAAUAAAGAAAAAAACAUCUA